CCGUGAUUUUAUUCGCCAAGAAAAGUGGCACUUUCAAAAAAAUGUUUUCGUCAAAUGAUUGUAUCAUAUGGUUAAUAUCAUUCACGACAAUAAUCAUAAUAUUUCUUUGUCAUGAAUCCAAAAAAAACAAUGGAUCUUUUCCUGAGGGAUUUAUGUUUGGUGCUUCAACAUCGGCUUACCAAAUAGAAGGUGCUUGGAAUGAAGAUGGAAAAGGCGAGAAUAUAUGGGAUCAUUUCAUCCAUGAAAAUCCAAUGAGGAUUGUAAAUAAUGACAAUGCCGACGAAGCUUGUGAUUCUUAUCAUAAAUAUAAGGAGGAUGUCUUCCUUGCCGCAAGUCUGGGAUUUUCGGCGUACAGGAUCUCCAUUUCUUGGACUAGAAUUCUUCCUUCAGGAUAUAUGGGCAGCAUCAACGAAGUUGGCCUCAAGUAUUACGAGGAUUUAAUUGAUGAAAUAGUGAAACACAAUAUGAAAGCAGUAGUAACGCUUCAUCAUUUUGAUUUACCCCAACGACUACAAAAAGAUUUUGGCGGGUGGACCAACCCAAAACUUAUUGAUAUAUUCGUUGAUUACUCCCGAAUAGUCAUUGAAAUACUAGAAAAAGUUGACUACUGGAUUACGGUGAAUGAGCCAAGAAUAAUUUGUAACUAUGGCUAUGGUAAUGGGAAGAGUGCGCCUGGUUUGGAAUAUCAAGAGUUCGAAUGUACCAAGGUUAUUAUCAUGUCUCAUGCUGCCGUUUAUCGCAUGUAUAAAAAUGAGUUUCCUAAUAGAAAAGCAAAAAUGGCAAUAACUUUGGAUUGCGAAUGGUUUGAACCAAAAACUAGAAGUUCGAAGGAUAUUGCAGCUGCUGAAAGAAUUCUGGAAUUUCAGAUUGGUAUUUUUGCACAUCCAAUUCUCAAAGGUGGGUGGCCAAAAGUGGUAGAAGAUAGGAUGGAGAAUAGAAGAUUGAUGGAAAACUUGCCGAUCUCUCAACUCCCCAAAUUAACUGAUGAUGAAAUUGAAUUUAUCAAUGGAACGUUCGAUUUUCUAGGAGUUAACCACUAUUAUACUAACUACGCUGAAUAUGAUUCAGAUAAUAAUAUUGAAAAGAGCCGCAAUGAAAUCAAUGCUGGCGUUCUCAUCACGGUCGAUCCGUCAUGGGAUAAAAAUUCAUUGGGCCGCACAGUUACAACGUGGGGUACGAGAAAAAUGUUCAAAUGGUUGAAGGAAACUUACAAUAAUCCUGAAAUUUUCAUAAGCGAAUAUGGUUAUUCUGAUAACGGAACAACUUUAGAAGACAAUGAGAGAAUUAGAUUUUCUAGGAUGUAUUUAAGUGCAUUCCAUGAUGCUAUCUACAAGGAUGAAGUCAGAAUUUUUGCUGCAUUGACUUGGAGUCUGCUUGACAACUUUGAAUGGUCAUUUGGAUACAGCGCACACUUUGGCCUUUUUUACAUCGACCAAAAUGAUCCCAACAAAACGAGGAUUAGGAAGAAGUCAGCACAUUUUUACAAGAAGUUAACAGCUACAGGUCGUAUACCAGAGGAUUUGCACACAUAAAUGGCUUGCAGAGAAAAUUUUACCAUUUUAUUUGUGAAUUAUUUCGAAUAAACAGAUCAUACUUAUUCAAGUUCUAUUUACUUCCAUUCGGUGAAAUUUCUAAUAAUUAUGAAUACCAAUAUUGCUUUAUAUAAAUUUUGACAUCGACAAUAUUGAGUUGUUAUAGAGAAGAAGAUGAUAUUAUGGAACAAGCGACUAACUCAUAUUUGAACAAACGUAUGUUCGCAUUGAAAUUUUCAUAUUUUUCAUAAUCUGUUUAGCACACUGGUAUUUCCACACCCAAAA